AUGCAAAAUAUACCAAAAUUAAGUGACCUGUCAUUAGAAAUUGAUAAAUUACAAAGUUCCAUAUUUUUAACAUCAUCAAAUUUACGUGAUAUUUUAUCAUUAGUAUUUUUAUUACUUUCGCUACCUCAAUUUUUAUCAAUAACAUCAUGUAUUUUAUAUUUAAUUAUAUCAAAUAUAUUUGGUAAAAGAAUUCUGAUUAAAUCAUUAUUAGCAGAUGUGAUAGUAUUCUUUGCAUUAAAUAAACUUAAAAAAAGUUUUACUUAUUUCAUUAUAUUAUCAAAUUGUAUAAUUUCAAGUGAUUUAAUUGGACUGAAGAAGAAAUCAGAAUAUUCAAUUAAUAUAAAUGCAAUACUAGUAUUUAUUAUUGUAAAUUAUUUGAAUUAUUUAUUAAAAUUUAAUAAUCCAAAGUUUAAUCCAGUUUAUUUAUUGUUAUCUGUACAUAUUAUUAAUCAAUCAAUAUUUAAAAAGACUACUAGUUUAUCAAAUCAAGUGAGUAUAAAUGUUGAUGAGAACAAACUAUUAGAUAUAAAUGUUGAACUAAAAAGGAACUCAAAUACAAAUAUUGCUUUGAAGAAUUUUGAAAAUUUUAUUGGUGAUUCACAACCAUUUUGGCUGAUAAUUGCAGCUAUAAAAGCAGUAUUAAAAAACCCUAAUUUAUUUAAUGGUGAAACAACAAAGAUAAAGAAUGAUGGGGGGAAAUUAAAACCAAAUACAAGUCAAGUUGCCGUAUCAGUAGUAUUAAUAGACUCAUCUAAAAUUGUUUUACAUUGUAAUGAAUCCAAUUUAUCAGUGAAACUUAAUAAUGUAAAUUGGCAAUAUUAUAAAGAGUGUAAUAACUACCUAAUAAUUCACGGUUUGACACCAUUAUUUCAAUAUGAAAUUGAUAUAAUAAAAUACGGACAAUUAUUAAAUCAUUUAGUUGUGAAUACAAAUGAUGAAAAUCAAAUUAUUAAUAAAUCCGUUGAAACAUCAUCACUACUCACCCUUCAAACAUCAUUAACAUCAACCAUGAAUAAACUAAAUAAUCUAAAGGUUAAGUAUAAAAAGAUGAAGAAGGAUGAGAAUAAACGAAUUAAUGAAUUAAAAAAUCAAAUAGAAGUAUUAAAGGGAAAGAUUUCUAAAAAUAAUAAACAACAAAAUGAUAAUAGAAUAUUUGGAAAGAUCAAGGGAUUGAAGCACUCAGUUAUACAAUUGGAAAAUGAAAUAACUGAUUUAGCAAGAGAAAUUGAAGAAAGAAAUAAUGAAAAAGAAGUUAAAUCAACACCUGAUAAUCAACAACAAGAGAAAAUAAAUCAAUUAAACAAAGAAUUUGACGAUUAUGAAACUAGAUCAAGAGAAGUUAAACUAGCUCUAGCAAAAGUAAAGCAAGAAUUACAAAAUUUACAAACAAAACAACCUAAACUCAUCAACAAGCAAACUUCCAAACAAGAAGAAGUAAAACAAUUGCAAAUAGACCUCAAAAAUAUUAAGAAGAAUGAAAUCAUUUCCAAAUUUCAAAAGAGAGUUAAAUCAACAAAUGAAAAAUUUGAAACAAUCUUACCAAGAAUUAUACGUGAAACAGAAUCUUUACAAAAGGAAUUAUAUUGA